UUUUGGUCUCACGUGGAUGUACUCGGUAAACGGCGCAUGCGCGGCAUUACAGACAAGCCACUCCAAAAUGAUGAGCGCGAGCAACAACACGGAAGUGACGCUAGAGCUGGGGAGGAAAUUAGUUGCGCCUGUCGCUCAGAGGUGAAACAACAACAGCAGCUGCAGAUUCCGGGCUUAGCUUGUCUACAUGUCGUGACUGCAGAUUCUGCAACGUUGCUACAAAAGCGGCCCUUGUUUACAAUCAGAGUUUUACAUAUCGUUUUACAAAUAGCUUCCCUGUUAUAUGACACAAAAUAAAGUGGAGCUUUUGAUUAAGAGCCAACAUUGCAACCCGUCUCCGAAAUGAAAAAAGAGAUGGAUAUCUGCGCAUCCUCCGCGUCUCUCCUUGAGGAAGAACUCGCCUCUGCUAUCGAGCCUGCAGUGAAAGCGGCUGUGCUGAGCGUCAUGUCUGCAUUAGCAAAGUUCGUGGACAGUAAAUGUGCAGUUUUCAAUCUCAGACUGGACGAAAGAGACCAAGAAUUUGAAAGCGUGAGAUUGCGAUUGGAAAUAGCGGAGAGCGAUCUGAAAGCAAUGCGAGACGGACAAUGCAUGAACACUGCCGAUGAGAACUUUACGCAAUCUCUCACGAACACCAGUGAACAAUACUGCGGGCUUGACAUGGAUUUCUUUCAUCUACACGAGAAGGAGGCGGUGGGGGGUCCUGUAAAUAACACCCGGGUCAGCGACAGUGUUGCUCACGGCCUGCCAGUCACUGCACGCGAUUACUCCACAAAACCAGUUCAGCCAGUCAGGGAUCCGGUGCCUGCAGUCCACACCGCACUGAAAAACCCCCGGGUUUUAAUCCAGCGAGAUUUAACCUGUUCAGAACUGCUUGUUCAAGGUGAUGACUGUGAACAGAGAGACCACACAAGCACAGCGGGGUGGAGAAUAGUGGCAGAUCAUGCAGAGAGAAAUGCUCUCCCUCAUGCUGAGGAAGGGUCGAAGGCAGAAUCAGGUCCCAUUCAAGAGGAGCUCUUUGACCAGGAAUGGUGCAGGAGUCCAGAGCAGGCUACAGAGCUGACAUCUAUUGAAGGGGAGGAGGAGAAACCUGCACUAGAUCCUGUCCACAUUAAUGAAGAGAUCCCUGGAAUUGAACCGGUCAUCAUUAAAGAGGAGGUUCUUCAACUUGAAUUUGACCCCAUUGAAGAGGGGGGUUCUGAUCACUUUGAAAGAUGGCAGCAAAUUCAAACUGGACAAAAACCGUAUCGCUGCCCUGAUUGUGGGAAGCGCUUCAGUACGUCAACAGAGCUGAAAAGACACCACCGAAUUCACACCGGAGAGAAGCCGUAUCAUUGUAAUGAAUGUGGAAUGAGUUUCAGUACUUCAGGAGAUCUGAAAAGACACCAGCGAAUUCACACUGGAGAGAAGCCGUAUCGCUGCACUGAAUGUGGUAAGAGUUUCACUCAGCUUGGAACGCUGACAUUACACCUGCGAAUUCACACCGGGGAGAAACCAUACGGCUGUACUACAUGUGGAAAGAGUUUCAAACAGUUACAACACCUUAAAAAACACCUGCAGAUUCACACAAGAGAGAGACUGUGACCUGUUUUCAGAAACAUCGCUGAAUGAAUGUGAGCCGUCCUCAACUUCAGCCGUGACCACUUUCAACAGGCUAGAUGUGCUGGACAGCUUGGACAUACUGGAUGACUUAAUUACAUUACUAGAUACUUCUUACGUACUGGUUGCUUAAUGGUUUAAAUACAAUGUUAUCCAUUUACUACCAAUGCAGAGAGUAUGGUAACAUAUUUGUUCUUCAAUAAACCCUAAAAUGAAAUGUAUUACUGCAAUGAUGACUGCCAAGACUGAGUACAACAUUUGGUGGCACCUGUCUUACCAAUUUCCAAAUGCAGAAAUACAGUUUUUGAGGUAAAAGGAAGAAUACAAAUCUCACCCAGUCAUUGCACAUUAGUAGCACAUGCGUGACAUUUUGUACAGCACUGUAUUUAGGUUUGUGCCUGUUUUCAAAGAGAGUAUAAUUAUAUAUUUUGAAAUACCAACAUAUUAGCAAGCAGUGAUAGGGGGAUAAAACGCCCCAGCCCUGAACACCACAAACUGGGGGGGAGGUGCUUCUUCACCCUGCCUAAUUGAGUGGAGUGUGAUGGAGGGUGAGUGCACACUGUUCCUGUGUCAGCAGUCAUGUUAGUGUUAAUGCCUCUCUGAGUACAGGCCCAUAUCAUUGGACUGAAUCCAUGAAGAAUUUUCUUUUGGUCAGCAGACCUGUAAAGACACCAGCGGGUUUGCACAAGAGAGAAAUUGUAUUGCUAAAAUGAAUGAGGAAGAGUUUCAUUCAGUCGGAAUCCUUGACAAUCCACCAGCAUAUUCACACAGGAGAGAGACGGUAUCCUUGCACUGCAUGUAGGAAAGGUUGUUGUGGUCUGGAGACCUGAAAUACAGUGGAGUCCCACUAUAGAGAAACCAUGGUGCUACAAUGAAUCCAGAGAAAGCACACGGUCCAAGCACAUGGUAGGAACCUGCUGGUGCAGUCUAAUGUAGAGCAAUUCAAACCCGCUUCUUCAUAUGAUGAGCAGUAAUCUACUUACAACAAGGCUGAAGUGGCUUUGUUAGGUGCACAAUAGUCUGCCAGAGGGCUUGGUGCAUUAAUGUCUGAAACAGGCACAUCAAGGACUACUGUGUCUUGUGUCUUAAAGACUAUACAAUGACCUGAUUUUGCAUAGACCGUUGUUAAAAACAGAUUUUAUUUUUCCCACAUCCCACGUUGUGAUAGGCAGAGCUGUUCAUGAGAGUGCUGUUUCUGUCUCUAUGUGAAUGUAUCAUGAGUAAUGGACCAUCUUCAUUAAGCUUUAUUUAAACAUCGUGUAAGGAAUUCAACGGAAAGAAGCCAGCAGCAGUCUAGUCUCAGUAGAUCUUCCAUCGGAUUAUUUCAUUGUUUGCCAAAAAUAGAAAGCUAGUGUACAUCGCUGAAAACAAAGCACAGUUUAAUAAUAUUCAAGUAGAUGUGUAGUAUGGUGUCAGUGGUUUUGUUUACAGUGAAAUCUCAGAUUAAACCUUGUAUUCCCUAAACAGAGUUUACAAUCUUUAUAAAUGUGUAGUGUGAGUGACAGCAGGCUUUACUACCGGCUCAGAUAAUGAUAGAUGAAGAUGAUGCAGGUCUACAGAGCACCACUGUUUAGGCCAUUAAAAAGGCUCUGCUUUGUGUGUCAUAGUUAUGAAAACCAAUCCAUUAACCGCGCACGAGGGUGUAUUUAGCGAAUCUCUCUGUAAAAUCAUGGAAAACCUCAGAUCCCAGCAACAGCAAAUUACAUUGACCGCUCAGCUAACAGGACUGGUAUAUUGUGCUCAUGUGCUACAUGCUUUGACAUACAGUUUGUAGGCAGUUAUAUGAUGUGAUCGUGUCAAUAAACUUCCAUUGCAAGUGAUGUUCUUUAGAACUGUUUCGGUGUCACGUUUUUUAAUCCCUGAAUAUAUUUACAAAUG